AUGAGUGACUCAAUAGACUAAUGUAAUUAGUAAUCUUGUUUUUAAGAAGAUAACUUUCAAGGACCCAAUUUGAUGAUGGUUUCUGAAAGAAUUUUACUAGGAGAUGGAGAUUUCUUUUAAAAAUCUCCUGACAGUAAUUCAGUUUCUAUAAGAGAUCAAUCAAAGAAUUAAGAUUUUAGCAAAGACUUAAUAGAUGCUGUUCCUAUUGAUAUGCAUAAAUCAUAUAAAGGAUUAAGAAAAUCAGAAUAUUAAUCAGCUUAUGCAAUAGAAGAGGAAUUAGAAACUGGUGGUAAACCGUAAUUCUUAAAACUUAUAAUCUCUAAGAGUUUACAAAAUAACUUCAUUAAUAAUUUAUGGAAUAGAAGCUAUUUGAGAAAGUUACAUUAACUAACAUCUUUUCAAGUAUAAGCUUUAGAUGAUUUAUAAUUUGAAAAUGAAAUUUAUUAAGAAGAAUAUGAUAGUAAGAAAGAAAUCAACAAUUGUGAAAUUAUUAAGAAGUUUUUUCUAUAGAUAGAAGUGUUUACGCCAUAUAGCAAAUUAAUUUUUAUUUGGGAUUUGUUUUAAAUUUUCACAUAUGUUUUGAUUUUUUUUUGGCUACCAUAUAAGAUUUCAUUUUAAUUAGAUUUCAUUGGAUAAUUAUUAAAUGAAAAAUCCUAAAAUUAAAUGAUUGAGAUACUUUUAUUGACAAUAUUAAGUUUUGAUGUAAUUGUUGGAUUGAAUUUAGCAUUUAUAUAUAAAGGGAUAAUAAUUAAAGAUAGAAAAAGAAUAAUUGCAAAUUAUUUCAGAUAAUAUGCAUUUGUAGACCUUGUAAAUAUAAAAAUGUAUAUUAGUAAAUAAGGUUUCAAUAAGUACAGUGACAAUUCAAUUCUUUAUAUUAAAUGAUAGUCAAGAAGAUCAUGAAAUAGAUAAUAACUUAACAUUAUAAAUAAUAUUUUGUGUAAUAUUUUAUGUAUUAAGAAUGACUAAAAUAAAUAAAAUAUUAGCAUAGAUAUAAGAGUAUAAUAUUGAAUAAAUUAAUAGAUUUUUUAAUUUAAAUGGAUCCUUAAAUGAUUUAGUUGGAUUACUAAAGUUAACAAUGAUAAUAUUAUUUAUUGCCCAUAUUUGUGCUUGUGUUUGGCAUGGAGUAGCAUUUUAUAAUGAUUCUUAUUCUUGGUUAGAUGCAUAUAAUUUGAGAGAUUAAGGAAAUGCAUCAAAAUAUAAUACAGCAAUAUAUUGGGCUACAAUGACAAUGACUACAGUUGGAUAUGGAGAUAUAACAGCAAAAAAUAAUUAUGAAUUAUUGAUAAAUAAUUUGACUAUGUUUAUAGCAUCAAUAGUUUUUGCAUAUUCAGUAAAUAGUAUUGGAAUAUUUGUAUCAAAUAUGUAUAAAGGAACUAUGGAAUACAGUAGAAGUGUGACUUUAAUUAAUACUUUUAUGUCAAAAAAUAAGAUUUAAUUUGAAUUAUAGACUAGGAUCAGAAGUUAUUUAGAAUAUAUUUGGUAAGAAGAAUAAAAUAUGAAUGAUGAUGAAGUUUCACAAAUAAUAUGUAAAUUAAGUAGUCAUCUUUAAGAGGAACUUUAGUUUUAAUUAAGGGGGAAUAUUCUUAGAAAUUGUAAGGUUAUGAUAAAAAUAUUUUCUGAAAAAAUGAUCAAAUGUUUAUUAGGAUAGAUGGAGGAAUAAAGUUUUUCCCCUGAAGAAAGAAUUAUAACUAUUAAUUAAAUUGAUGAUGGUUGCUUAUAUAUUAUUACAAAAGGAGAAAUUGAAUUAAUUUUUGAAGGCAUGAAUAGUUUAAAUGAUAGAGUAAAGAAAAAUAGUUUAAAAUUUUUAACGACAGGUGAUUUCUUUGGUGAAUUAUCAUUUUUUACAGGAGAACCAAGAAAAUGCACAGCAAUUUCUAGAGGAUUCACAAAAGUAUUUAAAAUAAAUAGAGAGAACUUCUUGAAAGUAUUAUCUUCUUUUCCAAAUGAUUAUGAAAAAUUUUGUGAAGUGAAACAUUAAUUAAAAUAAGGAGAUUUUAGUUCAUUAUAGAUAUCAUGUUACAGUUGUUAAAGUAAUUAACAUUUGAUGGAUUCUUGUAAUUAUUUGCAUUUUUGUGUAGAUAAGGAGGCAAUUUUAAAAAAAGAACUUUAUCCUUAUUAUUAAAAUCGAUCUAGAUUAACUAUUAGAGGUGCAAAAACAUUUAAAUAUAAAUGGAAUCUAUAUAAACAUUUAAUUUAAAGAGCGAAAGAUUUUUAAACUGAUUUUUAUUAAUAACGUACAGAGAAUGAAAUUGAUGAAAAUGAAUAACCUUCACAAAUUGCUAAUGAUAAUUUCACUUAUGAAGAUGAAUCAAAAAGUAAAUAUUUUAAUUAUUAUUAUUUAGUUGAAAUUGAUGUACCUUCAACAUUGAAUUAAAGAAGUAAUUCAAGAACAUUAAGUAGAGUAAGUUCAAAGCCUAAUUAAGUUGUUUAUGAAGAAGAUGAAGAUUAAAAAAUGUAUACAAGAAAAGUAGUAAAUCCAAGAGGGACAUUAUAAACAGCAGGAUUUGGUAGUGCAAGUUUAAGGGAAAGCAAAAAAUUUGAUUUAACUAAAGAUUAUGAAAUAGAAUAACCUAUUUCUGAAGAAUCAUCAUCAGAGGAAAAAGAUUAAAUCAUUAUACCUUCAGUGUAAAAAUCGACUUAAGAUCGUCUCAUAAAAUAAAAAAUUACUUUUAUUAGAAAAGAAUCAUCAGAAGAUAUAGUACCUAGAUAGGCAUCUCUUCGUUCUAGAACUCUUACUUAAAAUAAAUUACAAUAAGAAUUAUUGAAAAGAAGCACAACUCCAGAUAAACUUACUUCGGAAAUAGAAAUAUCACCUAAUAAUAAUAAUAAUAUCAAAAGAUAAGCUGGAAAGAAACAGUCUAUGGCAAAGACUUUUUCUAAGUAAAUUUAAGAAACUACAGAAGCCAAUUAAAAUAUGACUUCCGGAAUGGAUAAUUAAACUUAUUUACCAACAAUACCUUAAAUAUUUUCUCAAUUUGAUAAAAUGUAGAUAUUUACUCAUUUUUUUCCUUUUAGUAAUUACGAUAUUGUAAUCAAAAGAUAUUCAAGAAUUUAAAAAUUCUUUGGUAAAAAAAGAUAGUAUCCUGAAUCAUCAAAAUACUCAUUUUAUUUUAUGACAAUUAAGAAAGGGUGGAAAUUAAGAAAACUUGGAGAAAAACUUUAAGGCUUUAGAUUAGUAGAUAACAUAAAGAAACCAUUUGUUAAAACAAUCUAAGUAGGCAAAGUUAUUAGAACCAAAAAUGUAUUAAAUACUUUAGUCAAUAAUGGAUAACCAAGUCCUAUAUUGAAAAAUGGAUAAGAUAGAUUAGAAGAUAAUUAAUGA